AUGACUAUAAAUGUGUUAUUAAAAAUGUCAAAUAAAGAACAACUAUUCGUUAUCACCUCAAAUAAAUCAGACAUUAAAUUGUCUGUAGAUUAUGAGUACGAACUUGAUCGCAAUCAAAAAUAUGAAUUGGGAUUAAAGUAUUUCUCUGUUUACAAUUUCAUUAGAAAUAUCAACGAAAAAAAUAACCAAAUAAAAAUAUCAACAGAUAAUGGAGUUACAUUCAAAACCAUACGUUUAUUACCAGGAAGCUACGAAUACGUAGCAAUUAAUGAAUAUCUAUCUAAAUAUGGAGGAAGUGUAAAUGGUAAAAACAAUAUUGAAUUCGAAGGUAAUUUGAAUCUGAACAAAAUAAAAUUGAUAUUAAGAAAUAAUAGUCAAGUUGAUUUCAAUGUAGAAAAUUCAUUGAAUGCGUUACUAGGAUUUGAUAAACAAAUAUACAUGCAAUCCACUUUAGCACCACACAAAGUUAAUAUCGAGAAUGAUAUCGAUGUGAUAAAUAUACAUUGCAAUUUAAUAAACGGUGGAUUUUUCAAUAAAUACAAACGUCAGAUUAUUUGCGGUAUUCCAACAUUCACUGUACCGAUUGGAUAUAGAAUUAUAGAGAAAUCAUUUCAACCGACAUAUUUACCACUUAAUUCCUUUAUGAUUAAAGAUAUAAAUCUGGAAAUCAAAGAUGGUAAAAAUAGGUGUAUAGAUUUUGGUAACAAGGAAAUUGUUAUUCAACUUCAUUUAAAACAAAAAAAUUAA